AUUCUGCAAUGACGAAACUACCCUUCAUUGCUUGACUCCCUGCCAUUCAAUUCGCCCGUGAACAUGAACACUGAAACCCUAGGGCUAGGGUUUAAUUGUUCUUUCGAUUCCCUGCAUAAAGCAAGCAUCUUUUUCACUGGCUUUGGGAUUUUAUAAUUAUUGUUAUAUUCUGCGAUUCUCAAUCUUUAUUUAUUGAGAUUCGUUCUCGUGGAUUUUGGUCUGAUUGAUCGCUCGGUCUUUGCUUCGGUUCGGACUUCAUCGUCCUCUUGGGGCUCAAAUCCAUGGUCAUCAGCCUACGAUGGACCCGGUGCACCCGACUACGCCUCCAGUUGAGCAUGAAGAAGAUGAGUGGGACACUGAUGGAUUUGUGAUUCCAAGUUUGGGAAUUGGAAACUCAGAUGAAAGCAGACCUUCUGCUCCUGUUAUAGAAUCCUCUAAUUCUCCUGCACAGCCUAAGAAGGAAGAGAACAUUUAUCUGGGACCUCACGGAGCGCCUCCAUCUCACUCAAAACAGCAAGAACUAAACUCGUUGAGCCGAAAGCAGAGAUUCAAGCAGAAAUUGAAAGAAGCGGAUAAGAAGACUAGUAGCGGGAUGGGCAGGGAGAAUAAGAUAGAUAAUCUGAGAGAGCUUGUGGGUGGUGGUAGAGAAAGUAGGGGUAUGGCAAAGGGGUCCCCAAAGGACUGGCUAGAUCCGCAUUGCCACGAAUCUCAGUUUGAGAGGAGGUGACAUAAUGCUGUAAUUGGAGGUAUUAUCUUUCUGUUUAUUGAGCUGCUCUUGAAGAAGUUGCACUCUGUUUUAUUGCCUGUUUUUUUUUUUUUUCCCUCCCUGGUAGAGUUUGAUGAUGCAUUUCUGGCUGAAGUCUCGAAUGUCAUGUAUCUUGACAAUAAUUUUACCACUUGACCUCUUAAUAAGACAUGAAGGUCUUGCUGUGGCUGUGGCCCAUGAUAUCAUCUACCUGUUUAUUGAGGUACUGUUGGAGAAA